UCUUGGUGCAGGGCAUACGUGAGAGGGGUAUGGGAAACUGGGAACCGGAUUACACUUCAUACACGGACACCGGAGGGACACUUCACAGGACUGUCAACGGGGCUCGGCGUAACGGCGCUAUCCAAUAGGACUUUUAUUCCGGCCAAAGCUGUAAGCGCAGGAGAGAGAAACAAAGGACUAAUUAUCCAAAGAUGAACACUAUUGUGUUCAAUAAAUUGAGCAGUCAGGUUUUGUUCGAGGAGAAGGCGAAUGAGGUGGAGCGCAGCAGCAGAAGUUAUAUAGAGGUGAUCGGUGGACAGCAUCCGGACAUCCUCGCUGGUAGCCAAACCAUCAAAGACGGUUCUGCUAUCCGCCACAGGAGACCUGGGUACGUAAGAAAUCCGGCGAUGCCCUGUAUAAGGUCACGCCAGAGCAGUGGCAAGGUGAGACACAAACGCCAGGCUCUCCAGGACAUGGCCAGACCACUGAAGCAGUGGCUGUACAAACACCGGGACAACCCAUAUCCAACCAAAACGGAGAAAAUCCUGCUCGCACUCGGCUCCCAAAUGACUCUUGUGCAGGUGUCUAACUGGUUUGCGAAUGCACGGCGGAGGUUGAAGAACACGGUCCGGCAGCCAGACCUGAGCUGGGCUCUCAGGAUUAAACUCUACAACAAAUAUGUUCAGGGCAAUGCGGAGAGACUCAGCAUCAGCAGUGAUGAUUCCUGCUCAGAAGAUGGUGACCCUGCUGCCCGGGCCCAGACAGGCGAGUUCAGCAAGCCUAUGUAUCAGAGUGUUAUCAAAAAAGAAGGUAGCGGCAUGGGGACGGGUCUUCGGGCAGGCACAGAUCCCUCAUUGGCUGAGGACUAUGUGUCUCCACCUAAGUACAAAAGCAGUCUUCUCCACCGUUACCUGAACGACUCUCUUCGUCAUGUCAUGGUGGCCAACGGUGUGAUGGACACGCGGAAGAGGAACCACUCCGGCUCCUUCAGCUCCAAUGAAUAUGACGAAGACCUCCUGUCCCCGUCUUCCUCCGAAACGGAGGCCAACUUCGUCUACCGUGCAGAGGCUGUAGACCAUGGAUCAAGCGCAUGUGACAAUAGCGUGGCGCCAAAGGAGAAAGGACGCGGUAAAGAUGAGACAUACUGGCGGGAGAUCAACGCAGCCAUGGCUCUCACCAACCUGGCACUGCCCAAGGACAGUACCUCGGCCGGCACCACUAGCUGCAUCAUCCAGAAGUCCUCCCACAUAGCUGAAAUCAAGACGGUCAAAGUGCCUCUCUUGCACAAGUACUAGUGCCCAUUCGCACCGAAAGGAAGACGCGACAGCUCCUUUUAAUUUUGGAAUUCGCAUUUUCGUUGGUUUGUUUGUUUGUUUAUAUUUUGUGGUACUUAUGAAGUAGCAGUAUAAUAAUUUUUUUUUGUGUGUGUAUUUUAAAGUGCCCUGAAAUGUAGCACUUCUCGUUUCUGGGUUGGUGCCUGGUCUGGACGCACAAGUGCUUUGAUCAGAGUCGACAAGUGCUGAUGACGACAGUACUGCAGAGCGAGACAUUUUUGCAACAUUAACUUAUUUUGAUACAAUUUUUAUACUCUGAAAUUUCUAUUGUACCGUGCCAAAGUGCCUUCUUGUACACUUAAAAAAGAGAAUUGUGCAUCUUUGAGUAGGAGUGUGUUUCACAUAUGAAAAUUCAGUUCCCAUGGUGCAUUUCCUGGAGUCUUGUAAAGAUUCAAUAGGGAAUGUUUAGGGUUGACAGUGUUUAUACCGUGGCCCCAAUCCCCUUGGAUUGGAAUGUUAUCAUGUGUAGUGUAUUUUGCAUUACAAGUAUUUCUUGCAUUAUAUUUUUAUGUGCACGAUGAUGUUCAGAUCCCCAGUGUGCCGGUGACAGCUGAGUAGUUCAGUGACACUAUGGAUUUUGCUACAAAUUAUGCAACAGUCAUCCUAAAUUUAUAAACUAAUUAGGUAUAAUAAUUAGCUUAUUUUAUGUAUAUUAUCUCUAUCAGGGGUUGUGGGUCUGUACCAGGGGCUCUGGGUGGCUUUAUCAGGGAUUCUGGGUCCAGUGCUCAUGGAUCUAUGGCCUGUGCUGAUUUUUGCUCUACUCCAGCUUCCCAACACCUGACGCAGGUAAUCAAAGCUUCUUAUUUACCUGCUUCCAGGGUGCUGGUAUGUGGAACAGAGUACAAUAAAUGGACUAGCUGGGGUGCCUUGAGAACUGGAUUAAGAACCCCUGAUCUUUAUCAUCUUAUUGGUUUUUCCUACAUUAUUCUCAUGAACUUGAUAAGCUAUUAGGUAAGUUGGUACAGGAUAUGUUCCAGGGAUGUACUUGGAACCUCACUGUCAGCCAACCUCACUGUCUAACUAGUUAUUAUUUUUCACCCAGUGCUUUGUAAUGAUUGCAUUAAUGGAUUUUGGGAAGUUUUAGAACCUUUUGUACUUUGAACUUGCUAGGUUUGCUAACUUGUUAGGCAGUUAUUAAAGUCACUAAGUAA